GUGCCAAAGUGGAAAGACAAUGUAUUACUACAACAAUUUUUCAAGCAUCUUAACCCGACAUGGCUUGUGUCAUCUGGUACAGCUGACUUCUCAAGGGCCAACAACGAAUUUUCUUUGCGUCAGAAACCUCAUGCCUUCCAAACCAUCGCUGUUCAUUGCACAGUGAAGAAGAAACACAAGCCGCAGGCGCAGUCCCCGGGGUUCUACUUGUUCUACUUGAACCCUAAUUGGACUGCUUUCGAGAAAUAUACCCAUUUGCGAAUCAAUUUGGUUUUCAUGAGAGACUCAACUGAAUCUCUCUUUUAUGAUAUUCCACAACUAAAUACACCUAAAUCCCCAAUACUGUAUGGUAUUUUAGCCCUCCAAAAUCCCAGUUUAUACAGCCGAAGUGCACGAACCGUCAGUUUAGGUCUACGCAUUCAGCAACGUGCAUUUUUACAACUCGUUAAUCGGACGGCUUUUGAGGAGCUAGAAAAAUUACGCGCCGGAUUUAGUGAGCUACAAAAUGAACUCAGGAGAACAACGACCCAGUUAUAUCUCUUGCGCAAGCAGCUGUGGAACGAUGAGCGAUCACUCAUGCAGCCCACGACCAGUUUCGCCCGUCUUCGGGCGCAGUCCCCGAGUUUCCGACAACCUUAUGAUCUACUUGAACCCAGAAUGCACUGUUUUCGAGAAAUACACCCAUUUGCAAAUCAAUUUGCUGAAUGUGCUGCACACAGGACGCCUCAUGAUUCAGUUGGCACGAUAUUCGAGAUAUCGCAGUGUAUUUUCAUGAAGGAAACUACUCACAAGGUUGCUGAAAACUCUUCGACAGCCCACGACCGGGGCCCUUCUUGGGGCUUGUCAGGUAGGGGCAGUCCCCGAGUUUCCUUUAUGAAAAUACACUGCGAUAUCUCGAAUAUCCGCGCUGAGCGAAAUGCGCAAUGUUUGACCAGCUCUUUGCAGCACAUCAGAUCACUAGUGAACACUUCAUCAAGUUUCUACGAGGAUUUGUGUGCACUGUCACUGGCAGAGCAGCUCUACACAGGAAACAUUUUACAUUGCAACAGCAGCCUCGAAGAUGAUUUCAGAACCAAUACGACUGAAGAGGACAUCCGUCGUAAAACUAUUCUAGUUGGACAGAUGUCACGUGGCUUCAGUGUUGAUAAUCACUACGGGAAAACGAGAGCGGAUAUGGUAGAACAAUAUGCGGAAACUUCCAAAUCCAAUCUACUUGAGUUGCAACUGAUCAACUUAUUCUUUGCAACUUCCAUCUCGGGUUCCCAGUUAAAGGACGUUUUGCGAAAAUAUCUACGUCCUUUAUCAGCAAAACGCAUGCAACUCAAGCCCAGGAUCGAAGGACCCCAGAGUCGUGAAAACGUGCUGGAAAGGCAGGAAAUAGGCCCUUCGGAUUGGUUUGGAAAAAGCCAUUCACCAGAUCUGUGUGAUGGUCGAUCACAAAUGGGACUGGAGGAAAAGUUUCACGACUGGCUUGUGGAGAUUGGAAAGCAGAUUGCUGCAUCACUUCAAAGGCUUGAAUUGUUUGUGGAUAGCAUGAACGCAAUUGUAUCUUCAAAUCGACCAAUCAUCGAAGCCUUCCAAUUUUCCCAAGGAAAUAUUUCAAGGAUUCAUCCAACUGGGCUGGUUUCAUUCACUAUUCAAUUGGAAGCUGACUCAAACUUCCUCAUGACACAUCAAGUAACUUCCCUGGACACGGUGCUCAAUCCGUUC